AUGUCUGGCGUCGGGAGUGAGCCUCCGCAAACUGACUCCCUCCCGGACCACAAAUCCCAAGCAGAGAAUCUCUCGGAAGAGGAUGCUGGCAAAGAUGAGCAGACAGAGACUUCUCCAGGCUCUCUUGUACAUGAAGUACCUACUGGUCAUGGAGUGAAAAUAACAGUUGAAGACACUGAUGCGAACGAGACGCAGGCAGAGGAGGAUUCAGGCGACGUAGCCUCUCAGGAUGACCGCUCGACGGUGACAGAGUCUCCAACAGACUCUAACGAGGCUCCAAUACAUCAGGAGGAGACAGUGAAUACCUCUGAGGAUACGACACCUGAACGUGGAAUGACAGAGAUCUCCCAAGAUGAAGCAAAGAGUGAGGGAGUCCAGCGGAUGCAGCAAGAUGGCUCCGCCACAUCUCAGAGUGAACCAAUGCCUGAAACCCGGCCAGACAGAUCCGAUUCACGAUCGACGACAGUACCGCGUCCUCUCCCGGUCAACUCUACGGUCUUUGUUGUCAGUGCUUUGGAAACGAUCGGAGCAGCCAAGGAGGUACGCAGGAACAAGGAAUUCACAGACGCGGUGCAAGCAGCGCUGGCAAACAUUAAGAGCACGGAGCAUGCAGUCAAUCCUGAAAUCAUUUUUCGACCACUGCAGAUGGCCACAAAAUCAUUCAACGUUCCCCUGCAGGUGACGGCAUUGGAUUGUAUUGGCAAGCUUAUAAGCUAUUCCUACUUUGCAUUUCCUGUUGCUACUGUCGCCUAUCAACCCGAUUCGCCAGGUACACCGCCUCUAAUUGAAAGAGCAAUCGAGGCUAUUUGCGACUGCUUUGAAAAUGAAGCCACCGCUGUGGAGAUUCAGCAACAAAUUAUCAAAUCGUUACUCGCAGCAGUCCUGGAUGACAAAAUCGUGGUACAUGGCGCCGGGCUUCUCAAAGCAGUCCGUCAGAUAUACAACAUUUUCAUCUAUUCCAAGUCGAGCCAAAACCAACAAGUUGCCCAGGGUUCUCUCCUUCAGAUGAUUGCAACGGUGUUCGAUCGAGUCCGAGUCAGACUAGAUGUGAAAGAAGCUCGUUUAAGAGAGAAUGUGGAUCUCAAGUCGGAUGAAGCCCUUCCCGGCGACGCCUCUGCAUUCGAGCAUGGUGGCCUGAACGGUUUGAACGGCCAGGUGGAGACUCCAGAUCAAGAAACCCCUUCCCACCUGACGGAAGGGCCGGCUCGAGCCCAGGAAAAGUUGACCCUGCAGAGUUUUGAAAAUAACAAAAAUCUGGACGACGCGCUGGUGGCCGAGAGUGCGCCAACAACGGUGACACGUGCAAGAAGAGAUCGCAAAAAUACUCGCUCCAGCUCUGGGCCAGUGUCCCGUACAAGUUUGCAGGAAGAUCGCGAGGAGACUGAGAUGUCUGCUGAAGACGAAGACGACAUAUACAUCAAGGACGCAUUCCUCGUGUUUCGUUCGUUGUGCAAACUCAGUCAAAAAGUCCUAACUCACGACCAACAACAAGACCUCAGAACCCAAAACAUGCGCUCCAAGCUUCUGUCUCUGCACCUUAUCUACCAUGUUAUCAACAAUUACACAACAGUGUUCACAUCUUCAUUUUCAACUAUCAAAAGUGGAAAUAACGAUGAAAAUACCCCUUUCUUGCAAGUUGCGAAACCACACUUAUGUCUCAGUCUUUCCCGGAACGCUUCAAGUUCAGUGCCGCGCGUAUUUGAAGUCUGUUGCGAGAUUUUCUGGCUUUCUCUGAAGCAUAUGCGUGUUUUGUUGAAGAAAGAACUGGAGGUCUUCCUGAAAGAGGUGUAUCUUGCAGUCUUGGAGAGACGAAGUGCACCUCUUUUCCAGAAACAGAUGUUCAUGGACGUCCUGGAAAGGCUCUCGAGCGAUCCUCGUGCUCUAGUUGAAGUCUAUCUCAAUUACGAUUGCGAUCGAACAGCACUGGACAACAUGUAUCAAGAAAUUAUCGAGCACCUUUCGCGAAUUUGCAGUACGCCAGUGGUAGUCUCUCCUGUUCAGCAGCACCAAUACCAAGAACAACAAGCGAAAUCCUCGACACCAACUUCAGAAUGGCAUGCUAAGGGAUCCCUCCUUCCUGGUUUAUCGACGACCACUCUCAGUCAUCCCGCUCCACCUCCGCCGUCAAUAUCUAUCGAGUAUGCUUUGAAGCAACAGUCCCUCCGUUGUCUUGUAGAGAUUUUGAAUUCUCUCGACAACUGGUCGAGUCAGGGAGAUCCCGAUCGUGUCAACGGAACUCGUUACGCAGGCUCAAGGGCGUCCUUUGAAGACUCCAGGGAAUCUCUCGAUUAUAGCGAAAAGCCUCCAUCUUCGCCGAGAGCCCCUGGUUUUGGUGGCGAAUCAGGCAUUUCUACCCCGGUGGCUGAAGAUGAUCCUAACGAGAUCGAGAAAAUAAGAAUGCGAAAGUCUGCAUUGAAUGAGGCUAUCAGGCAGUUUAACUUCAAACCCAAACGAGGCAUAAAGGCGCUCCUAGCUCAAGGCUUCAUCCGUAGCAACAGUCCCCAAGAAAUCGCAAGGUUCUUGCAUGGCAAUGACAAACUUGAUAAAGCUAUGCUUGGAGAGUACCUCGGAGAAGGUGACGAGCAGAACGUGGCCAUUAUGCAUGCAUUUGUCGAUAUGAUGGAUUUCAGCAAACGACGUUUUGUCGACGCUUUGAGGCAGUUUCUACAAAGUUUCCGACUGCCUGGAGAAGCCCAGAAGAUUGACCGAUUCAUGCUCAAAUUUGCCGAACGUUAUCUGAGCGGCAAUCCUAACGCCUUCGCCAAUGCUGAUACGGCUUAUGUUCUCGCAUAUUCGGUCAUUUUGCUGAACACCGAUCAGCACAGCGUGAAGAUGAAAGGGCCGAGAAUGACUGUCGAAGACUUCAUCAAGAACAAUCGAGGGAUCAAUGAUGGUCAAGAUCUGCCGUCGGAUUAUCUAAGCGGCAUUUUUGACGAAAUCGCCAACAAUGAAAUCGUCUUGGAUUCGGAGCGUGAGCAGGCAGCUGAAUUGGGAAUUGCAACUUCGGCACCCUCCGCAGGGUUGGCUUCCAGAGCCGGAAAGGUUCUGGCCAAUGUUGGGAGAGAUCUACAGAAAGAGAAAUAUGCCCAGGCGUCGGAAGAGAUGGCAAACAAAACGGAGCAGUUGUAUCGGAGUCUCAUCCGAGCGCAGAAGCGUUCAGCCGUCCGAGAAGCUCUGUCUCGAUUCAUUCCAGCGACCUCCACGAAGCAUGUGGGCCCAAUGUUCAAUGUCACUUGGAUGUCUUUUCUGUCCGGCUUCUCGAGCCAAUUGCAAGAUGCACAGAAUCUCGAUCUUAUUAGGCAGUGCUUGGAUGGUUUAAGGCUCGCCAUCAGGGUAUCCUGCCGGUUUGACGUGGAAACACCCAGAGUCGCCUUUGUGACAGCAUUGGCGAAAUUCACCAAUCUGAGUAAUCUGAAAGAGAUGAUGGCUAAGAAUCUAGAAGCAUUGAAAGUGCUUAUCGAGGUGGCUCUGUCCGAGGGCGACGUGUUGAAGAGCUCAUGGCGGGAGAUAUUAAUGUGUAUCAGCCAGCUCGACAGGCUACAGCUCUUGUCUACUGGUAUCGACGAAGGUGUGAUUCCCGACGUGACCAGGGCCAACAUCCCAACCCCUUCCAAUGUGAAGGACAACAAUCGAGGCCGCAGGUCGAUGCAGGCCGCGAAACGUCCUCACCCGAGGCCAGCCCAUAGCUUCCGUCCAGAAGUGGCAGACGAGACCAAGUCCACCGACAUGGUUCGCGGUGUAGAUAAAAUCUUCACAAACACGGCCAAGCUAUCUUCCGAGGCCAUUGUUGAUUUUGUCAAGGCUCUGAGUGACGUUAGUUGGCAAGAAAUCCAGUCCUCCGGCAAUAGUGAUUCUCCCAGGACUUACAGUCUUCAAAAAUUAGUGGAAAUCAGCUACUACAACAUGACAAGAGUUAGGAUAGAGUGGACGCGGAUCUGGGAGGUACUCGGCGAGCAUUUCAAUCAAGUGGGAUGUCACAACAAUACUGCGGUUGUCUUCUUCGCGCUUGACUCUCUUCGUCAGCUGUCCAUGAGAUUUAUGGAGAUUGAAGAAUUGCCCGGCUUCAAAUUUCAGAAAGACUUUCUCAAACCAUUCGAGCAUGUCAUGGCAAACAGCUCGGCCGUGACGGUGAAAGAUAUGGUUCUGAGAUGCUUGAUACAAAUGAUCCAAGCCCGUGGAGACAACAUCAGAUCUGGUUGGAAGACAAUGUUUGGGGUCUUCUCCGUUGCCGCGAGGGAGCAGUAUGAGGCCAUCGUCAACAUUGCAUUUGACUAUACAACUCAGAUCUACAACACGCGGUUCGGCGUUGUGAUAUCCCAAGGCUCGUUUCCAGACUUGGUCGUUUGUCUGACCGAGUUCUCAAAGAAUCUGAAAUUUCAAAAGAAAUCGCUCCAAGCCAUCGAACUGCUCAAGUCCACCGUGCCCAAGAUGCUGAGGACUCCAGAAUGCCCGCUUUCGAUCCGGCAUGGCAAACCGGCUGAGUCUGAAGAUUCUGCGGUUGUUGCUGGUGUCAAACAACCCACCUCUCAGACUGAAGAAGAGCAAUUCUGGUACCCUGUCCUGAUAGCGUAUCAGGAUGUGUUAAUGACUGGAGAGGAUCUUGAGGUCCGUUCCAGAGCCCUCACAUACCUCUUUGAAACCCUCAUCAGGUAUGGAGGUGAUUUUCCGUCCGAAUUUUGGGAUGUCCUUUGGCGCCAACUAUUAUAUCCCAUAUUUGUUGUUCUCCAAUCCAAAUCGGAAAUGUCUAAAGCACCUAACCACGAAGAACUCUCAGUGUGGCUAUCUACAACGAUGAUUCAGGCACUUCGAAACAUGAUCACCCUCUUCACACAUUACUUUGACUCUCUAGAGCAUAUGCUGGACCGAUUCCUAGAUCUCCUUACCCUGUGCAUUUGUCAGGAGAACGACACUAUUGCGCGGAUUGGAAGCAACUGCCUACAACAAUUGAUUCUUCAGAACGUUACGAAAUUUACACCAGAACACUGGUCGAGGAUUGUGACCGCAUUUGUGGAACUCUUCAACAGAACGACCGCCUACGAGUUAUUCUCUACGGCUGCCACCAUGUCUGACGCUCGACCCACACCACCCCAUGACGGAUCUGAUAGCUUAUCCAUCUCUGGAGCCAACAUUGUGGAAACUCCAACAACGAACGGUGCGCCAACUCAAUUACCUGCUCCAACUUCGUCCUUGGAUUCCCAAGCAGACCCAACCGCCACAACUGCCACUCCUGAAAUCCCGCAAACUCAGACGACGCAGGAACUGGAAGAUUACCGCCCGCAUUCAGACAUGCAAGCUCCUGCACCUGUAGUGACGGCGGCACGGCGUCGUUUCUUCAACAAGAUCAUUACCAAUUGCGUCCUUCAGCUCCUCAUGAUUGAAACUGUCGCCGAGCUCUUCUCCAAUGAUUCAGUCUAUGCGCAGAUUCCUUCAUCAGAGCUUCUGCGCCUCAUGGCAUUGUUGAAGAAGUCCUACCAGUUUGCCAAGAAAUUCAACGGGGACAAAGAUCUCAGAAUGGCGCUGUGGAGACAAGGAUUCAUGCGUCAACCACCUAAUUUGUUGAAGCAAGAGUCCGGAUCAGCCAAUACUUAUGUUAGUAUCUUAUUGAGAAUGUACCACGACGAAGGGGAAGAGCGACGGUCGAGUAGAGACCAAACUGAAGGUGCCCUGAUACCACUAUGCGCAGACAUCAUCCGCUCCUUCAUCCUCCUCGAUGAGGAGACGCAACCACGCAACAUCGUCGCAUGGCGGCCCGUCGUCAUCGACGUGCUUGAAGGCUACACUAACUUCCCUAAGGAGAGUUUCGAGAAGCAUGUCGAGACCUUCUACCCGCUUGGCGUCGGCCUGCUGGAGAAAGAAGUCGGCACAGACCUCCGCUCCGCCCUCUGGGGCAUGUUCCGCCGUGUCGGCGAAGUCAAGUUCGGGAUGCCUGAGAUUAUUUUGUCUCGUGGUCGCGAGAGCAGUGUCAGCUCCACGCGGAACGGCAGCGUCGGUGCCACGCCCACCAGCCCGGGCGUAUCGACCCGUGGCUUUGAAUUCGGCAGCGCGACCAGGAGGGAGAGUAGAGUUAGUAGGACGGGUACGACGUAG